UCCUCUGGUUAAUAUCUCGCCACAAGGUUAUCCUUAUCGGUAUAGGUUGUGACCCAUUAAGGCGUUUAGCUUAGUGUACUGCAGUGGCGACGGCUAUGUGGUUCAACAUACUACUGCUGUUUGUGCUCUGUUCCUGUGCAGCCUCUAGCGAUGACAACGACGAGCCUGUUCUAUAUUAUUACGGCCUCGAGGAGAGCGAGCGCAGCCUGCCGGCCUGCAGCUCUCGGCAGGCGUGCUCUGCGCUGGUGCUGCGCUACUGGCGCGCGCCGGCGCUCGUGCGCCUGUGCCGCUGCGCGCGACGCACGCGCUGCGACACGCGGGCCGGAGCCGACCGGCUCAUCGAGCUCAACAACAGAGCUUAUCUACAGUUUUGCCAACCUGUCACCGACUGGCCAGAAUGUGCCAUCCAAGAAAACGCCCUAAAUGUAACCACAGCCUAUCAACGUAUGAAUCCUGAUGAACUUGAAGAGAUGCAUCAUAAAAACAUUCAACUUACUCCGCCAAAUAUAACUUUCAACUGUCGCUGCCGGAGCCCCAAUUAUUGGAAGAUGGCAUCUAGUGACGAUAACCGUCGAACGUACCGAUGUUCGUCUCUGCCACUAUGUAAGACCGGAGAGUUCUGUGGGAACGUUAACUACGACCUGAUAGCUCUACACCAGUCCUGCCUGUGCCCCAAGCAUCACAUUUGUGUGCACAGCGGAGGCAUUCCGCAUACGCGCAUCUCAGAACUGCUUUACGAAAGCAGAGGAUGGAAAGCCCACUGUCAAAGGGUAGAAGACGACUAUAGUUACGAAGAGUAUUAACUCACUUGCGCAGGUUGAGCAGCGAUAUCUUUAGCGAUAGUGUGGAUUUGUUCGUUGAAGUUGUCAGGCCACAGCACGCGGCUCACCAGACCACCGCGCAACGCCUCCGCAGCGGUCAGCCGGCGCCCGAAAACGAUUAGGUCGUUUAGCUGUAAAAAGUAGUUUUUUUUAAUAAAAUAUUAU